AAGUAAUCGUAAAACGUUUUCAUCACGGUGUUUCUCAUUGAUUGAGAAGUUCGCACGCCGAAUUUGAUUGAAAAAUGUGGUUGUGAAGAAAAUUUUCGGUUCAUGCUUUUAAAGUUUGUCAAUAUUUUGUGAAAAAGUUGUCGUUAAACGAUACUCGAUUGAUUUUUAACGUUCAAAGUGAUGAAUAUUUUCAAAAGCACCUUUUUAUGUUGAAAAUCCAUUGUUUUUUCCCGCUAUUUUCGUGACAUGCGGUUUCUUUUCCAGAGGUAUUGUUCGAGUUUUUUCUGCGAAUCUGAAGUUUACCGCAAGUAGUACUUCAUCCAGAGUAUCUUUUCUUACACGCCCAUAUGACCGAAUUUGUUGAAGGAUGGACUAUUGUGCAAACCUUAGGAGAAGGAUCCUACGGAGAGGUGAAGCUGUUGACGAACCGAAAUACCGGCAGUGCGGUCGCUAUGAAAACAAUAGACUUGGCGAAACACCCAAACGUCGUAAAAGCCGUGAGAAAAGAAAUCAUUAUCCAUAAAGAUCUUUCGCAUCCGAACAUCAUAGGCUAUUAUGGUCAAAGACAGAAUGACACGAGUGUGUACAUUUUCCUCGAAUAUGCCUCCGGUGGAGAAUUAUUUGACCGAAUUGAGCCGGAUGUUGGGAUGUUACCGGGCGAAGCUCAGAAAUUUUUCCAACAGUUGUUAUCCGGUGUUGAAUAUCUACAUUCCAGGGGAAUCGCACAUCGUGAUCUGAAACCAGAAAAUUUGCUGUUAGACGACAGUGGAAAUUUAAAGAUCAGUGAUUUUGGCAUGGCGACGUAUUUUCGACUCGACGGCAGGGAAAGAUUGUUAGAAAACCGUUGUGGAACUUUGCCUUACGCCGCGCCGGAAGUUUUACUGAAUUGUUACGCUUACGCCGCUGAACCUGUAGAUAUCUGGUCUUGCGGUAUCAUUUUAGUCGCCCUAUUAGCUGGAGAGUUACCGUGGGAUCAGCCUUCGAACGAUUGCGAAGAGUACAAAAAUUGGAAAAGUGACAAAUACAUGCAAGUUACUCCCUGGUCCAAGUUGGACACGAUAGCGUUAUCUCUUGUGCGAAAAAUUUUAGUACCAUCGCCCAAAGAUCGGUAUACAAUAGCCAAAAUCAGGGACCAUCGUUGGUAUAAUAAACGUUUCUCUGACAAUUUCACAUCUUGUGAUGUUACGGAUUCCGCACGCGAGUCUAAAUUAUGCAAAUCUCAGCCUCAAGAUUCGUGUAACAUGGAGAUAACUCACGAUUCCAUGUUCGAUAAUGGAUAUUCGUUCUCGCAACCUACGCAGAUUGAUGAUUUGCUUAUAUCAACUCAGUUAUUAUUGUCGCAACCAGCUAACGCUAACACGAAUUGCGUUCAAAGAUUAGUUCGACGUAUGACUAGAUUUUUCGUUACCGUUAACGUGGACCAAGGUGCGGCCUGCUUAAUCGAAAUAAUUGAAAAGCUAGGCUAUUCGUGGAAAAUUUUUUCCGCUGGAGUGAUUACCAUUAGUACGUUGGAUCGUCGUAAAUCACCGUUGACUUUCAAAGCGAGUAUUUUAGACAUGGAUGGUAGAACUUUGAUGGAUUUUAGGCUGUCCAAAGGAUGUGGAUUGGAAUUCAAAAGAUGUUUUAUUGCCGUCCGUAAAGAAUUGAAUGCGAUUAUUGUUAAAGGACAAGUUUCUUGGUCUUGUGUCUCGUAGAUCUAAUCUUUUAAACGCGUUGUUGAGACUGAUUUUUUAUUUUGUACUUUUAUAUGGUUUUUUUAAUUAUCGUAUUACGUUUUAAUCUGUGCCUGUGCCAUGUUUUUAUAUCAAAUUUUAUAUGUGAUAAAUGUAAGAUUUUAAUAUUUCGAGUGAGUAAACGAUAUACCUCAUCAGUUUUAAA